AUGGGGCUUUUCUCAGCAACCAAAGAUCGCUUAUUGCGAAAACACAGAAAGAACGCAGAUAAAAGAGCAGUUGGUGACGAGGUAUCACUUUCACCAGCGCCAGAGACCACAGACCCGGAUACACCUCCCCUCGACAGAACGACCUCGAUCGAUGUUGCCGAUACACAGGCCAAGCCGGCUGACUCCUCAAUCUCGAACUCCACUCCCAAUUUACCGCCCUUCUCUUCUGUUUCUGAUAAACCCACGCUGACAGACGCACCACUUGUGGAAACACAAAAAAAUGGAGAGACCCGAUACGAAGUCUGGUCCAGAUCCUUUGCCAUGUUUCAGGAGAGAGAUACAGGCCAGGAGCUAGUGACAGCCUAUACGAAUUAUCUAGCUUCUUUGCAGGGCGAAGACACACCUACAAGCAUAGAUUUCUCAAAUCCAGAAUCUGUUGAAGAUGUCGUUAAGAUGCUGUUGGCAGAUCGAGAGCAAAAGCAGUGGAAAUUUCACAUUCGGAGCCACAAUAUCAGCGUGCGAGAGCAAGUUGAGAAGUUGGGCAAAUUCCUCCUUUGGUCCGAUCCACUCGUGAAGACUGCUGUCAGUACUCAGCCACUUGCAGCACUUGCAUGGUCCGGCGUCUCCUUGAUUCUUCCUCUCAUUAUGAGCAGCGCUACAGAGAAAGGGAAUAUGGCGAAUGGCUUGGAGGGUAUUGGUGAGCUUCAAAUGUUCUGGCAAAUCUUCGAGACAGAGUAUCUCGAGUCCGAUCGUCGACAGCAUUAUGAGAAUCUCAUACAGCCUUUAGCAAAGCUCUAUUCCUAUGUGAUUGAAUAUCAGGCUCGGGUCAUUUUCCAUCUGACGAGUCCCCAGCACUCCCGCGUAUGGCAGGAUGUGCAAGGGUCAAACGCGUGGACGGGGAUGGUGGAAAAAAUCGACAAGAGUGAUGAAUCCUGCCGCAACUUGCUCCAAAUCACUACAAAGUCGAAGAUCCAGGAGAACAGUGACCAGCAGCUGCAAGAGAUCCAGAAAUUGCGUACCACCCAGGAAAAGACCCUCCAAUGUAUAGAACAAGGUCAAAAAGACGACAAGGAAGAGAAACUGCUGCAUGCGUUGGCCAAAGCUGCUGAUAGCUACGAGGAAAACAUGAGUCGGAAUCUAAUCAGAGUCCCCGGGACCUGUGAGUGGAUUUUAGAGGAUGAGGGCUUCAAUGGGUGGCGCGACAGCAGCUCAGGCGUCCUCUGGGUGGCAGCAGGCCCUGGCCGUGGUAAGUCAGUCUUGUCGAGGUCGCUGAUAGACGAAAAUCAUCUGGACGCCAGCACGAUUACCCUCACGUCCGCAGGUGUUCUGACUAGCGCAACAUCGGUUGUUGCUCAUUUCUUUUUCAAAGAGGGUGCUGGUGGCAAGAUGGACGGUACUCAAGCGCUGUGUGCAAUACUUCGACAGCUCUUCUGGUCUCCAUCCACCCAGGAAUCUACGAGACUGAUCAGACAUGGGUUGCCGGGGUAUAAGGCAAAUGGUGACUCUCUUGUUCCAAAAUUUCCCGAGUUAUGGCGAAUCCUGGUGGCGUGUGCGGCAGACCCCGAGGUCGGCGAAAUCACAUGUGUCAUGGAUGCGUUAGACGAAUGCGAAAAGAGAAGUGCACACCAGAUCAUUGAUACACUUGAGGAAUUCUACAGCACAGAUCAGACGUUAGCGCGAUCCAAGCUCAAAUUCUUCAUCACAAGUCGUCCACUUCAAAACCUGCAAGAUCGGUUUGACGGUUUAUCAAACAAUGCAACAUAUCUACGACUUGAUAGCGAGAGUAAAUCUGAGCAGAUUCAACAUGAGAUUGACCUAGUCAUUGACGAAAAAGUUGAGGACAUCACAAAGGGCUUCACCGAAAGCGAUCGAGAAAAGAUCAAGCUCCGUCUGAAAAACAUGCAGAAUCGCACAUACCUCUGGCUACACCUGAUAUUCAACAUCAUCCACAACGAUCGCCUAGAAUACAGCAGGUACUCAGAUCUAGAAACACUCUUGGAUGAUCUACCAGAGGAAGUCUCUCAAGUAUACGAACGGAUGCUGAGUGGAAGCAAAGACAAGUCGCGAUUGAAGACUCUUCUUGAAUUUGUGCUCGUGGCCCAACAGCCUCUUACUCUUGACGAGGCGAACAUUGCCUUGACCCUAGCUAUUCAAGACCAAAAGGGUCAAGCAGUUACAUCACACGAAGAUCUCAUGGCCAAGAGAUGGCCAAGCGAUCAGUUUCAAGGCUAUAUCAUGAAUCUCUGCGGUCUUUUUAUCAGCGUCCACGAGGAAAAGCUUUCGUUCAUUCACCAGACCGCACGAGAAUUUCUGACAACAUCCAAGAAAGCAAAGGAGGAAGGAUAUUGGAAAGGUGUCUUCGAUUUGCCUCACUCGCACGGCACAACAUCGCGACAAUGUCUGCAGUACUUGUUGCUGCCCGACGUCAGCUGGAGGACCGAAUGGGAUGCUUAUUCGGAGGAUCACCUAUCCGAGGGCAUCAGAAAUCGGAAAUACCCCUUUCUUUCGUAUUCCGCUCGGUACUGGAAUUUACAUUUUAUCGAACAGGAGGCUUCGCUUGCUGAGCAAUACACAGAAGAUGCGCGCGUUCUCUGUGAUGUGAAAAAGCAUCAUUUAAGCACUUGGGCUCCAAUAUUCGAUUAUUCUGAAUUCCACGAUGUUUCAGUCCUGACAGAUCUGCUUGUGGCGUGUUAUCUUGGAAUAACGCAGGUCAUCCAAGUACUGCUAGACGAAGGUUUCGACGUCAACAUCCAAGAUCAAUGGUCGCUCACGGCCCUACAAGCAGCAUCGCUGAGGGGUUUUCAGCAGGUUGUCCAGAUACUACUAGACAAUGGCGCCGAUCUCUAUUCCCAAUUUGGAAGAUAUGGCAUAUCACUCCAAGCAGCAUCCUUCGGAGGCCACGAAAAGAUAGUCGAGAUCCUACUCAACCAGGGCGCAAAUGUUAACAUAGAGAGUAGCGAUUUUAAAAAAGCACUCCAAUUAGCAUCCUACGAGGGCCACGAAAGGGUCGUCAAGAUACUCCUUAAAUGGGGGGCAAAAGUCAAUAUGCAAGGUGCAGACUUUUAUACAGCACUCUAUGACGCAUCCUUAGAAGGCCACGAAAGGGUCGUCGAGAUACUCCUCAAUCAUGGAGCAAACGUCAAUAUGGAAGGUGGAUACUAUGAUACACCACUCCAAGUAGCAUCCUUCAAAGGUCACGAAAGGAUCAUCGAGAUACUGCUCAACCAUGGAGCAAAUAUCAAUCUCCAAGGUGGACACUAUCAUACAGCACUCAUAGCAGCAUCAGUUAAUGGCCACGAAAGAAUCGUCGAGGUGCUACUUAACCAGGGAGCAAAUGUCAAUCUGCAAGGUGAGGUCUAUGGCACAGCACUCCAAGCAGUAUUAGCUAUGGGCCACGGAAGGAUCGCCGAGACACUACUUGAAUGGGGGGCAGACGUCAAUCCUCAAUACGGAUCCUCCCAUACACCACUCCAAGACGCAUCCCUCGCAGGCCUCGAAAGAGUAGUCGAGAUACUACUUAGCCAAGGAGUAAACGUCAAUAUACAAAGUGGAUACUGCCAUACAGCACUCCAAGCAGCAUCCAUGGGAGGCUACGAAAGGAUCGUCGAAGUGCUACUCAACCAGGAGCAGACGUCAACCUACAAGGUGGAGACCACAAUACAGCACUACAAGCAGCAUCAGAGCAAGGCCUUGAGAAAAUAG